UCAACAUUCAACAUCCCUCUGUCUGUGUUUUUGUUUCACACGCGUGCACGUACACACACAAAAAUCAAGAUGGAGGGAUCCAAACGUAUGUUUUCAAUUGUCUUCAUCCUCGUCCUGCUCUUUGUGGCUAUUGGGACGGGUCCAAUGGUUGCUGAGGGCAAGGUCGAAACAAAGGAGACGUCAAGGACUUGUGAGUCUUUGAGCACGAAAUUCAAGGGACCUUGCAUCCGAUCAAGCAACUGUGCAAAUAUUUGCGAAGAAGAAGGCUUCAAGGGAGGCAAAUGUGUUGGCUUCAGGCUGAGAUGUACGUGCACUAAGAAUUGUUAGUGAUAUAA